ACAUGUUAACUUAUGUCAGAUGAAUAAGCAAACCAUGUUUGACAUGUUUUCUGGUUGAAAUUCAAAGCUAAUAUUCGCUUCUUGUAAACCAGGUUUGACUCAACAGCAUCAAUCAGAUAAGAUAAAGAACAAAGAUUCAGCCCCAUUGGUUAACAAGAGUGGAACAAGUUCAACUUCAGUUUCUAGGAUUUAUAAGAAGGAAAAAACAACACAACCUCCCAAGGAUGCCACAAGUUUGCUCAAGAGGAGAGAAACUAGUACAAUUAUGCAAUCAAAGCAGCUUACAAUAAAGGGAACAGCCCAACCUCUCAAAGAUCCAGCAGGGUUGGAUAAAAAGAGUGAGACUAGUAGAAUUGGGACACUGAUACAGUCUAUGAAGAAGAAGGUGACAUCCCAAUCUUGCGGAAAGCCGAAUACGGUUGAGAAUGGUCGAAACAAAGGAAUUCUGGCUUCGAAGCAUGUCUUGCAGAACAAAGAAACAGCUCAACCUCCCAAAGACUGUCCAGGGUUGGUCAAGAAUUGUGGAACCAGUAGGAUUACUGAAUCAAAGCAUGUUAUGCAGAAAAGGGAACAAGCCCAAAAUGUCAAAAUAUUGGAACUAGAAGAAUUCCAGCAUCAAUGCAGAAACAGAAAGAGAUAUAUUUGCCAAAAGACUCCGGAUCAUCUGUUAAGAAGAUAGAAACUACUGCUACAAGUCCAACAUUGAAGCAGUUUACUCCGAAAAAGGAGAAAAAACGACCUUCCAAAGGCUCUGCUGGUGUAGUGAGCAAAAGUGGAACAAGCAGAACUCCUAGGCUGGUUACACAGAGAAAAGAAACAACCUUUGACAAUCGAAGACAAAACCAACAUUUCUACGAAGAUCAUGUAGUUUGGGAAGGUUUCGAUGAUGGCAUCAGGCCGCUUGGGAUUAGCUGUCUAUUAUGUGAAGGUGAUCUUGCAAAUGAACCCAAAUACGGUCCAGAUAGGGAGUGUCGUAAUCCUGUAGAGAAUGCUGUUCUUUCAUGUGGUCAUGUCUUCCAUAGCCAGUGCUUACGGCUGACAGUAGCUUAUGAGAAGUGUAGAGAUCCUCCAUGCAUAAUAUGCGCCAGUAUUUCAUCUUAAAUCCCUGCGUAUUGUUUCAUUUUCUUGAGAUCCCUUUUUCGAGUCUUGCAUUCUUUUGCUGUUUUACCAGUACCAGGAAAGGAGAAACGAAAUCAAACCAUACAUUUCAACUUCCUCAGCCUUGAAUUUUAUCGAACUGUAAAGCAAUCA